GUGGAAGAUCUUGCAGUCCCACAGUCAAUAAUGACCACAGAUUCUGUUACAACCAAGGCUGAAAAAUUAGCACGGCAUGACAAUGGAGAAAUGAACGACUACGAGGAGCCUCCAAGCAAAAGAGCCCGCACAGAAGGAACCAAUGGAGCAUCCGAAAAUUUACAGACAGCACCUCAGCCAAGAGAGAGGGUCAGAGGGGUCGCCCCAGUGAAAGCAGAAUACAUUCUUCCUGUCCCAGACAACAGGACGAAGCAGGAAAGGGCUGCCUUUGACGAUGAUGCUGCCGAAGCAGCACACCACGAGGGAGAAGGACGGCCUGGAAAGAAAGAAAAGAAUAGAGGCCAAAAUAAAGGCCGCGAAUUUGGCAGCUCUAAGGAUGCAUUGCCUCUAUGCGCUUCGGUUAUGCUCCAGCCCGAAUUUUCACCACUCGAAUGCAGAUUUGGUACUAAGUGCAAGUUUGAACACGACCUGCGAAGGUACUUGAAGGAAGGGAGGAGAGAAGACCUCAAAACGUUCAAUGGGCAGUGCCCGAUCUGGGAUCUGAAGGGCCACUGCGAGAUGGGAUGGAAGUGCAGGUUUGUUGGUUCUCACUCCACAGAAAGGGAGGUUGAUGGCAAGAAGGAGCUUAUACUUCUCGACGAUGACAAGCGGAAAGCCCAAGCUGCGGCAGCAGGAGAUGCGAAUGGUCAAGUCGGGGUGGUCAACGAUGUGCAUCUAGACAGGAAAAAGGAGCUCAGCAGGAAGAAGUUUCCGCUACCAAAGUCGGACAAGUACGUACAAUGGUUGAAUGAGAAAGACAAGGCGAAACAACGCCUCGAAGGUCUCAAGAAGGAUGAAAUCGACGAGACAAUGGACAACCGCGCACAAUUCGUCGAUCCACCUCUACUCCCAUCCGAGAAGCGUCGCAUCUACUAUGGUCCCGAAACUCCUAUUCUCGCACCACUCACCACCACCGGCAACUUACCCUUCCGCCGGCUUUGCGUCGGAUUCGGCGCCCAAGUAACAUGGUCCGAAAUGGCCCUCGGUCUGCCCCUGAUCACUGGUCACAAAGGCGAAUGGGCGCUCAUGAAAGCCCACGAAUCUGAGACCCUUCCACCCGCAUUCACUCCCGGAAGUCCUAUCAUACGCGGCUACUCCAACGAGAACGACCUCAAGUUCGGAGCUCAAAUCGCCGCAAACAAACCCUGGCUCGCACUCAAAACUGCCGAAACGCUCAGUAACCUCUGUACCCACCUCCGGGCUAUCGACCUGAACUGCGGCUGUCCCAUCGAUCUCGUAUGCAAUGACGGCGCCGGCUCUGCGCUUCUCGACCACCACGCAAAGCUCGAGAAGAUGCUACGCGGCAUGAACACAGUCUCCGGACCUAUUCCUAUCACUGUAAAGAUUCGCAUGGGCACAACAAACUCUCACCCGACCGCCGAGAAACUUGUCGCGAGACUGAUUAACGGUGGCGCAGAAGAAUCAAGUCCUUGCGGCGUGGCAGCCAUCACGCUGCAUGGCCGGUCGCGCCAGCAGCGAUACUCACGGGCUGCGGACUGGAGCUACAUCUCAUCUUGCGCAGCACUCAUCAAACGCACAAAGGAAACCCAGGACGCCCUUGUCGACACGACGGCCGAGCCCGACGCACGCUUCGCCGCGCCGGACGGCAAGGUGUACUUCAUCGGCAACGGCGACGUCUACUCGCACGCCGACUACAACGCACACCUCAACGAUGCAAACGUCGACAGCGUGAUGGUGGCGCGUGGCGCGCUCAUAAAGCCGUGGAUCUUCGAGGAGAUCGCGUCGGGGCAGUACCUCGACAAGUCUGCGACGGAGCGGCUCUCGUACAUUGAGACAUUCGUCAAGCACGGACUCGAGGCAUGGGGCUCGGACGAGAUGGGUGUGGGCACGACGCGGCGGUUCCUGCUGGAAUGGCUGAGCUUUGCGUGCCGGUAUGUACCGAUCGGGCUCUUGGAGCAUUUACCGCCAAACAUCCAGGACCGGCCGCCGAGGUACAGGGGCCGCAAUGAGCUGGAGACACUGUUGAGCAGUGACAACUACAGAGACUGGAUCAAGAUCAGGUACGUUGGACAUCAUCGCGGACUGGGGGGGCCGGGAGUGUGCUAAUUAUGGUGACAGUGAGAUGUUUCUGGG